AUGCCUCAGAAAGACAGCGUGAUUUGGGCUUCCUGCUGCGACUUUGAGACGGCCCAGGCGCUGAAGCGAGAGGUUUGCAUUGCCAGCCCUGACUGUAUGGCAAAGUCAUGCGAGUACAUCAACCGCGAGGUGCAUGAUGCAGUGGACCAGGCAGGACGGAUCCUGAUCAAGAUGAUUGAGAUCUUAGGAAUGACGAGACUGGAGCCGUUGUGGAAUCUGAAGCUUUUCAUCGAAUCUGUGCCUUUGCCGUUUGCAACCAUCGUUUGCGACAAGUUCCUUUGGUGGUUCAACGGCAUCUUGCCGAAGCCUUUGCCGGCAAAGCUGCAAGCGCUAACGCAGGAGUUUGACCACCACAUGCUUAUGGAGUUCGCAGAAUACACACCAGGUGAGCUGGAGGGCUUGAUGUCUCGUUUGAGGAAAUUUCAGGACUCCAAGCCAGAGGGUGCAGUAAAGUUCCAUGUGUGCGCGGAUGCUCAUGAGCGGUCCCGGGCGACUCUCUUCCGAUUUGCCGUCGCCCCCGCAUUCCGGACGUAUUGCAUUGGCCUCGGCCAGCAGGGGCUGUCAAUUGACUACGCGUUGCCGAAGAACUUCACACAGUACCCAGAAUUACCAGCUCAGUACCCUGUAUCCAGACGCCUGGUCUAUUCACAUUUUGGUUGCAAUGUCUAUCACGAGGAUUAUGUCUUCGACAACGGCAUUGAUGCCAUCGAGAAGGUCGGGGGUAAGCUGCCAGCAGAACACGGGCAUGGCACCGAGUAUGCAGCACCAGCAGACAUGCAGCAGAGAUGGCGCCGGUCAGACCCGACGAACACCAUGACCUCUGUCAUAAUCAAGGAAUCCUGGGGCGCAAAGCUCAGUUGCUUCCGCACUGUCCUGCCCCAUGCGUCGUGGACCAUGCGACUUGUGACUAGGUCGGAGGCACAUCCUACAAGAAGGCAGGGCACGAUGGACGCUUUCGUGGGGUACAGUCGCUUCGCUUUUGCAGAGGCCCGGACAUCUAUGCGACAAAGCGAUGUGGCCAAGGAGAGCCAGCAGCCGUAUUCUCAGCUUGUUGCGGAAGACCGCAUGAUCACUAUUCAGGAAUCCCAGAUUCGAUAUGCCGGGGCAGCCAUUAUUGCGCUUGUCGGGGUGUACAAGUACGUGGGCAUGGUCGCUGCUGGAAGCUUCGACUAUGCCGCAAUCGCCGCCAAUGCAGCUGUAGCCUGGGGUGUCUUCGAAUCCGGACGUCAAUCCAUCUGA